AUGACGGCUACUCUUUUCCAGGCCUCUAAGAACGGCAACGUCGAGCUUGUCAGCUCCCUUCUCGAGGAACCUUCUCUCGACAUCGAUGCUCGCGACGAGACAGGUCUCACCGCCCUUCACCAUGCUGUUCGUGCCAACCACGUUGACGUCGUCUCUCAACUCCUCGCCAAGGGCGCCAACGCCAUCGAGGUAGCUGAGGACGCUGCACUUAAGCAGCACCCUGAGCUCGCUUCCGUCAUUCACAACGCCUUGCAACACACCCAGUCGGCCGCAUUCCAGAGCGCCCCCGUCGUCGACUCUCAUGGAGGAAAGCAGUUGCCAGACGGCACCGUCAGCUAUGUUCAGCCUCCCGCUUACCAGGGUCACCAGCUCGAUGCAUCCAUGCAUCACCAGCACCAGCACCAGCACCAGCACCAGCACCAGCAACAGCAACAGCAACAGCAGCAGGCAAUGCAUCAUCCAAUGACACAGCCCAUGUACCCAUUCCAGUCGCAGCACGCCUACUUCGACCCCUCCCACAACCCUGAACACCGUGCUCACGCCAACAAGGACAGCUCCUCCGGCAGCCUACCUCCUCCCGAAGUUGCAAGGAUGAUUCCCUGCCGUUUCUUCCCCAAUUGCCGAUACGCCGACAAGUGCAUGUUCGCUCACCCUGUUGCCAUGCCAACAUCAGCGUCCAACGCAGGUCCCGUCUCGCCCGGUCAAGCUCCCAUGUUCUACCAGUCGCCCGCAUACGGCUACCCUCCCUACGGUCCACCGCAGCACUUCUACUCGAUGGCCCCUCCUAUGCCACUCCAGUACAACCACGCUGGUGUUCCCAUGCCCCUCCACAUGCCCCCUCCUCCCCACAUGGCACCAGUGCCACACUCUUCUGAACAGACCGACAUCUACGGCAACCACUUUGCCCAGCAACCCCACCAUCGGCAGAACCCUGUUCAGGACGGUGAGGCUGAGUCUAGCAAGCAAGAAGCAUCUCAGGACCCUGCAGCUGCCGCUUCCGCUCAAGACAACGGCGAUAACGAGAAGCCUGCUAACGAGUCGACCAACGCAACCUCCGAUGCGGAGAAAUCGCCCGCACCAACAAGCUCGAUGACCACCACCACCUCCUUCAGCGCUUUCAUGGCUCAUCACGCCACACCCUUCCAGCCUGGACCCGGUGUCCCGAACAGCGUUUCCGUGGGUGCCGAUGGAAGCAUUCUGAACGGUUCGCAAAACCUCUCUCGCGGGCCCAAGGGUGCUCGUAGAGGCGGGGCCUCCAUGGGUGGCAGCUUCGGCUCGCGUGCCGACUUCAGCAAGCGCUCCACUGAGCGACCUGCUUGCCACUUCUUCGCCCGAUCUGCUUGCAAGCACGGCGAGGAUUGCCGCUUCCCUCACAUCCUCCCCGACGGCACGGACGCACGAGGACCCACCGCUGGCCGAUCGAACCACUCGAUCGAAGCUUCGCGCACCAUCAACCGCGCUCUUGCUGCCAAGAAUGCCAAAGGCUCGACCAACACUUCUCAGAGCAACGGCAACAACGCCGCUCAGUCGUCACAAGUGGCCAGCAGCAACGGCGUCAACGGUGACAGCACCAACCCUACAUCUGUGUCAACCAACGUGACUGUCUCGACUUCUCCUGCCUCAGCCGAGACAACCAUCACUCCCGCCAUGAAGGCUGAGGCUGCUGCCAAGCCUUCGACAGAUCAGGCUGUUCCUAGCGACGAGAAGUCGGCUGCUAGCGCAAGCACCUCUACGAACAAUGCUGCUGCUCCCGCUGGGUCGACUAAGAAGGAUCAGGUUAAUGGCAACAAGUCAAACGCCGCGCCUGUUUCCGCUUCGGCACUCAAGCCUGUCGCAACCAAUGCUGCUACUGCGAGCAAGCCCGACGCCAAGGUCGAGACCUUGAGCAAUGCCAUGCGUGCCCCCGCUGCUGGCAAGACUGAAGAGGCCAAGUCUACCUCUGCCCCUCCCGUCAGCGCCAACGACGACCGCAUCCCUGCUUCGAUCCCAUCCAAACCCAUGGUCAACGGCAACGGCGGCAACGCUGCCAGCAAGCCCAACGGCAUCAAGCCUCAGCCUAACGGUGUUCACACUAGCAAGGCUCACCAGCACCAGCACCAGAAUCAGAAUCAGAAUCAGAAUCAGAAUCAGAACCAGAGCCAGAACCAGAAUGGCGCCCGUGCACGCACCAAUCAGGGCCCUAACGGUCGCGCAAACGGACAGGUUGGUCAAAAUGGUGCCCAUCAGAAGAAGGCGGCUCCUCAGCGUUUGCCUAGCGCCGACGACUUCCCUGCACUGGGCAACAAGAAUGGUGCAGCUGCCGCAUCUUCGAAGCCUGCUUCGAACGCUAACGGUGUCGCCAAAGCCAACUUCUCGGCCAUUCUGUCUGCACCAGCUCCUGUCAAGAAGCAGCCUGAGCCAACCAAGGAGAUUGAGGCUCCUGCCGCAGCUGACCAGGAGGCUACCGCUGCUGAGACCAAGCAAUCGAGCACAUCCAGCAACGAGACCGAGUCCAAGUCGAACGCCGCUGAGCAGUCGCCUGCAGCUGUCAAUGGCACUGCUGCUCCCAUGCUUGACUUUGCCGCUGUGGUCCAGUCGAACCCCGUCGCUGCUCAAUGA